AUGAAAUUGAUGUCGAAAAUAAAAAGAAGAAAGUCAAAAUCGCCGACUUACAACCUUCUAUUAGAUAUUAGAAGAACUUCGAAUCGAAGGGUAGCGACUAAACUACAGAAAGCUAAAAGGGACCUAUUUUCAAAGAAAAAAAGCAGUGCGAGGAGUGCGAGCACUAACUUUUCAGCCACUGAACCCUCAACAUCGAAACCUUUUGAGGAAUCUUGGUAUUGUGCAAUAUGCGACACUGAGGAUCAGCUGGAUAUGCGCCUUUGUUCUUUCUGCCUGAAAUACUUUCAUGAGAAUUGCAUUGAAAACAAGGCAACAGACAAGAGCUCCAUUGUAGUAAAAGAACAGGCAUGGAAAGAAUUAACAGACACUUUCAAUGCUGUAUCCACAACAGGAAUCUAUAGGGACAAGGAAUGCCUAAAACGCUUUUACGAAAACAGAAAAAGUGAUUUAAGGAAUUUAAGGAAAAUAAUCGCUAAAAAUAAACAGGAAAUGAUGAAAACGGGAGGAGGUCCUGAGAAUCAAAUUGAGUUGGAUGCAGCAGAUAAAAUACUAAUCACAAUUGUCAACCAAAAAUCAGUAGAGGGAUUAAUAAACAUUUUUGAUUCAGACAUUGCUGUGCAAUGCAAAAAUGUGGAUGAGCCAAAAAAUGUUAAAGGGAGUAACAAGCAAGAAUUCUAUUUGAAGAACAUGACAUGUUUAGAAAAGAUUAUUUGGUCAGAAGAGAAUGAAAACAUUGAAACUGGGAAUAAAAACUUCGCGACUGAUCAGGACCAAAACAAAACCAAUGUUUCACAGGAUUUUCCAAAUUUUCAAGAAACAUUACAAGAACCAAAUUUCAAAAUGGCAAAUGACCUCAGAUUACCAAAAAACCCAGCAUUGAAGGUGCAAUCUGUGAUGGAAAAAAAGGAUCAGACCCGAAGACCAGAAAUUCAAAUAUUAGCUUCAUCACAUAUAGCUCAAAAAUAUGAUGAGCUCUUGGAUCAGAGGAAAUUAUUGCUCCAAAAACAAAUUGAAAGCAUAAAUCAAGAUUUGGCGUUCCAGGAAAUUAAAAACAAGCUUGAAAUUGAUAUUUUAAACAUAAAACUAGCAAGAGAAAAACAAAAGCAAUAUGUUCACUUCAAAAACUGA